CUUGUGGUAGGUGGGGCUGUGGUAGGGGUGUACUGUCAAAACUUGCUUUCCUGGUCCUCUAGUUGGCUGAGAUUGCUUUUGUUUUAAAGCUUCCAGCUUACUGAAAUACCAGUCUGCUCCUCCAGCCACUUUUAUUCCCAACAAACCUUUAAUACUUUCAGAAGAUGUCCAUCACGGUGUAUUACAGCAGUGUGAGUGGCUCGAGAGAGUUGAAGCAACGUCAGUCUGAGAUUCUGCAGUUCCUGGAUGCCAAGAAGAUCAAGUACUCUGCUCUGGACAUCGCAGGAAGCGGUGACUUGAAGGAGGAGAUGAGGAAGAAAGUGGGAAACCCCUCAGCGAUGCCCCCUCAGGUCUUUAAUGGAGACAAAUACUGUGGGGACUAUCAGAAGUUUUCUGAUGCGAUGGAGGAUGGGAACCCAGAGGCAUUCUUCAAACUCUAAACAAAUACUUGCACACUAAACUAAAACCAUACAUUUU